AGAGGUGUUUUUAACGGAGGACAAUCAUUCGAUACAAAAGCGGUGGCGUGAGCCCCGCAGACGUCAGCAGUCCCCGCCUUGAAUUAUAAGAAUCAAUUGUUGGAUUUUUUUUUCUUUCUUUUUUUUUUUUUAUAAUCCAAAAUGAGAAUAGAUGGUUGGAGGCGCUCCGAGACUGUCGGGCACAAACAGGACGCGCAGCUGUCGGAGGCACCAACACAUCUGGAUCAGAGAUCAAUGAGUGAAUCUGUGAUAAAUCAGCUGAACUGAUUAUUUGUUUUAUUUUAUUUUUUCCCCCACUGGAAACGGUCCAAGAGGGUUUUUUUGAAAGAAUGCAUCGCACCUCAGGCUGGAUUGGCUGGGCGCUGUGUUUGUGCGCAUCUUUGACCGUGAGCGCGCAGGAUUACCCCGAGACCGACGAGAUGAUCCUGGAUCUGAUCCGAGGGGACGGGACUCGACCUGAGACCGGAGCCGAGCCCGCAGCAGACUUCCUCAGGUGCAACAAGGCGGCGUGGCGCGUGCCCGGCCAGUACCUGGUCGUGCUGCGUCCGGGAGCUCGCGAGUCUCACGUGCAGAGGAGCGUCAGGAGGCUGAGAGCCAGAGCGGCCAGGAGAGGUCACCUGCUGGACGUCCUGCAGACGUACUCCGGAGCUCUGCACGGCUUCCUGGUCAAGAUGAGCGGCGACGUCCUCGACCUGGCGGUGAAGCUCCCUCACGUCCACUACGUAGAGGAGGACUCGUCCAUCUUCGCUCAGAGCGCCCCCUGGAACCUGCAGAGGUUACUGCAGCCUCAUGGUGGCAUCUCUGAAAAUGGAACAUACAGUCCACCCAAUGAUGGAGGGAAGGCGGAGGUCUAUCUGAUGGAUGGCAGCGUUCAGAGUUCUCACAGAGAGGUUGAAGGACGAGUCCUCAUCACAGACUUCAACAACGUCCCUGAGGAGGACGGAGUCAGAGUUCAUAGACAGGCCAGUCAGUGUGACAGUCACGGCACACACAUGGCCGGGGUUGUGAGCGGGUCGGACUCUGGUGUGGCUCGAGGCGCUGGAGUCAACCUGGUCCGUGUGCUCAACUGUCAGGGGAAAGGCACCGUGUCAGGGGCUCUGGCAGGUAUGGAGUACAUCCGAGCAGCGUUACUGGCCCGUCCAGCAGAGGCCGUGGUUGUUCUGCUGCCGUUCGUCGGUGGAUUCAGCCGCUCAUUAAACGCCGCCUGUCGGGACAUGGUGGCUAAUGGAGCCGUGGUCAUCGCCGCUGCGGGGAACUACAGAGAUGACGCCUGCAUCUACUCGCCUGCUUCAGAGUCUGAGGUCAUCACCGUGGGGGCGGUUAACUCAGAGGACCAGCUCAUGUCACAGGGAGCCGGCGGCACCAACUUUGGCCGCUGUGUCGAUCUGUUUGCGCCCGGUGACGACAUCGUUAGUGCGAGUAGUGACUGCAGCACCUGUUUCACCUCCCGUAGUGGAACCUCGCAGGCUGCUGCACACGCUGCAGGUAUAGCGGCAGUGAUCCUGUCGUCCAAUCAGAGCAUGUCACCGGUGCAGGUCCUGCAGACGAUGCUGCAUUAUUCUACCAGCAACACAAUCAACUUCCUCUCUCUGUCUGACACACAUCGGCUCGUUACUCCGAACCUGGUGGCGGCCAUGCCACCUGGCAACAGGCAGAACGGGGAGCUUCUCUGUAGGUCAGUGUGGUCAGAGAGGUCAGGGGUCACGAGCACGGACAGGGCUAUCAGUCGCUGUCGUGCUGGGGAGGAAAUGCUGAGCUGCAGCAGCUUCAGUCCUGACGGCGUCCAUGCAGGAGAAACUAUCACUGUGAGAGACGGACAGGCGGAGUGCGCUGCCCACAACGGUCCAGGAGGUAAAGGCGUGUAUGCUGUGGCGAGGUGCUGUGUGAUAAGUGGCCUGCGGUGCCAGGUCCACGCCAGUCCAGAGUCCGGGCAAGAUGCCGAGUGUGCCGACCCGCAGCACCACCUGACCGGCUGCACGUCUUGGUCCUCGGCUGGGAUCUCAUCUCGCUCCCGUCCACGCCACGGCGAUCGGGGGCGUUGCGUUGUGAGGGACGGGGUGACAUCUCACGCUGUGUGCUGCCACGCUCCGUCCCUGGAGUGCCACCUGUUGGAGAACAUAUCAGCUGAUGGAGAUCAGGUGGAGGUGUCCUGUCCCUCUGGCUGGACUCUGACAGACUGCAGCGCCGUCUCUCUGGGCUCUGCUGUCUUGGGGCCAGUUGCUCGGGGCAACAGCUGCCGCGUCCGCAGUGCCGCGGGGGGUGACGGGGCGGCGGGCGUCGCCGUCUGCUGUCGCGUCAGACCACCGGAUCAGCCCGUCACAACUCCUCCUCACUGAUCCGGUCUCACAGCUCUUGGACGUCUGACACCUUGACACUAAAUGAAGAUGUCUCCCGUGUUGUCUUCUUUUGUCUGCAGUGACUGUCAGCGCUUCUGUAAAACUGCUUGUGAGCGUUUCAGUUGAGCUCACAUGUUGUAGUAUCACCUCAGACUUGUUGCAUGUGUAGAACUGUCUCGUUAGCUCCGUUAGAACCCGUAGGCCGACAGUUUGUAAAAUGUAACCAAAUAUUUUUGUAUCUUUUACAAAAUAAUUAUAAUAAAAAAGAGCUUUCAUGAACAUAACAUUUGCAUUUAUCUGGCAUGAUUAACAGAUGGGAACCGGAUUAAUUAAUUUGAC